AUGGACGAUCACCCUGGACCUUUCCAAUUCACGACCCGACAGGACAAUACCUCCGUCAGCAUAGGAGUCCCUUGGACAGCUGUGUUCGCUGAGGUCGAUGAACAUGACGAGGUGACAGAGGUCAUCGGCGACCCAGCAGACAGAUGGGAGCAGGAGACUGGAAUCUCAGUCCGCGUCUUGCCUCAGCCCCAGCUGGGCGUGUAUUCAUUAUUGUUGAUAGGGCUCCGAAUCCGAUACCGCAAUACCGACGAUGGCAAAGUCCGCGAGCAGGACGCCUAUGUCUACCUCACGGAAGCAAUCCUCGAAAGCUACCGUGUGAAGCGAGUUUUUCCGGACAUCGAGCGAAACACGCAGUGCCAGUCUCAGUCUCCCCUUGGAAAAUUCCUCAAACAGUCAACGCUCCCCUAUAAACAAGUGUGGCGGCUACAAGUUCGGCUUCGCAAUCACGAUUUUCUCGAUGCGUACCUUUUCAACAAUCGCACGUUUGGCGACCAGUCAGCUACAAUGGAGCGAAUUCGCGGUUACUUGAAAACGCAUGAUGUCCUCACAUUGUACCUGCGUACGUCUGGCUCGCCCGAACAGUCCUUAAACAAUCUGCGUGAAUAUAUCCAACGAGACCGGGAUGUCAAUCCGUACGAUGCCUGGUACCCUGCCGGUCAGAACGUGCACAUCCUCUCGGCGAAAAAUUGCCAGUCCCCAGAAAGGCGCCCUCGAGUUGAAUAUAUGACCAGAACCAACUAUUUGUGGUGGAGCGACUACGCGACCAUUCUUGAAUACAGUAUUGUCUCGGAGAAUGAUGAGUCGGUUAGGGCUAUUGCAGCUCUCGAAAACCAAGAAAUUCCAUUGCGCCUAGUCACCCUCCCCGACACUUAA